AUGGCCACUGAAUUAUUAUAAGAGAAUUAUGAAUUCAAUGCUCCACCUAGAGUUGUUUAGAAAAUGAAAUAUAGAGAGGAAAGAGAUGCUUGCAACAUUAUGUGGGAUAAAAGAGUAAUCAGAGGAAAUACAUAUUCAAGUGUUUUGAAUAAAUCUGAACCUAUUACAUAAACGACUAUUAAGAGGAUUCAACACACUAAAGUUAUGACUGAAAAGAAAGAGGAUGAAACUGUUCAUGAAGAAGAAACCUAAACUGAUCCAAAUGUUGAAGAAUUAACUGAUAAACCACCUAGACAUCUUAAAGAAACUCAAACAGAAUUCAUCAUUGAAAAAAUUGUACCAAGAUUAUACAUGAAAGAAAAAACAGGAAUAGAUUAGGAAACUCAAGUUUGGGAUGAUGGAGAACUGUUCAAUUUUGAAUAUGAAGCUGAACCUAUAUUAUAAGUUUUAGUAUUAAAAACUUUAGAUCUAAGUCGUAUGGAAGUAUUAUAAGAAGAAGAACUCAGAGAAAUGAAAGAAAAGUAAGAACAUUAUUAAAAAUUAAAGCAAAUGGAAAUGGCUGAAUAAGAUAGAUUAGAGAAGAAAGAAUAACAGUUAUAUAAUGAUAAUAUUAAAUUAAAAUAGCAAUUCCAUAAUUCCAAAUAAAGAGAUAUAAAAACUCAUGAAAAAUUAGUAAGUAGAGCUACAGCCAAAAAAUAUCUAUCUAAAUGUGUAGAUCUAGCAUUAUAAAAAUUAAAUCUAAGUGGUUAUUUCCGAGAUCCAAUUGAAAUUUAAUUGGUUUCUCAUUAUUUUCCAUGGAUUUAUCAAGAUGUUGCUACUGAAUUAUCAAAUUCGAAUAAUAUUCUUAUAUAAUAUACAGAAAUGUUGGAUAAUAUUGAUGAUAAAAUGUUUUAAUAACAUACUUAAACUUUAUCUGAAGAAAGAAAAAGAAGAUAAUCUAUUUUGGAUGAAAGAGAAAGAUAAAGACUUGCAAAAGAAGAAUCUGAUAGAUAAAGAAGAGAAAGAAGAAAAAUUAGAUUAGAAAAAGAAAGAAGACAAAAAUUAAAAGAGACUAUUUAAGAGUUAUUGGUAUCAAAAGGAGAAGAAAAAGAAUGGUUUAAUCUUAUUUCUGAUAUCGAUGGUUAUUAUUAAGGAACAAAUACAAUUGGUUAUUUAGGAGGUAUAAUUGGUUAAUUUGUGAUCAUUAUUAAUGCUCUACAAUAAGUAGGAGAAUCUAUUGAAGAUAUAUCUGAAUUGAUUUCUAAUUCUAUUGCUGCUUUACCAGAAGGUACAAAUAUUGAAAUUGGAUUAAGGGAAUAAAUAGAUCAAAAUUUAGCAGAUAUUGAACGUAACAUUUAUUAUUUAUAUUUCUAGCUGAAUUGACUCUAGCUAAUCUACCAGAAUAAUUAACAUAAGGUAUAGAAAAUGCUAUUAGAUCUAAUAUUGUUUAUUCUUUAUAAUAACAUUGGACAUAAUUUGAAUUUCUUUAAAAUGUUAAUUCAAUUAUUGAAUCAGUUAUUAAAACUCUUUUUGAAAAUAGACCAAAAAUUAAAUGGGCAAAAAUUAAAAAUUAGGUUGAUUUUCAAAAGAUUCCAUGUCUAGUCAAAUUGUAACCAGCUAUGGAAACUUUAAGAUUUCAUCCUAAAUCAGGAAAAACAAGAAUUGAAAAAUAAAUUGAAGAUGAAGCCACAGAAGAAGAAAUUAUUAAUCCUUAAAAUCUUGGAGAAGCUGUAGUUGAUACUAAAGCUACUGCAUUCAUUCCUUAAGUAUUUUUUAUUUAAAUUUUUAUAGAAUGAAGAAAUUUAAACAGCAGUCAUUCAUAAUGUAGCAGAAUUUCAUCUUAGAAAUUUAAUUGUAUAAUAAAUUGGUGAAUAAGAUAUUCCAUGGUAGGUAAAUUUCACUGAAAAAUGUUAACAAUUAGAAACCUAAAUUAUUGAGAUCCUAAAUCCUCAGCUACCUUAAUUGGAAAUUUAAUAAUAUUGAUUAAGAG